AUUCACUUGCGCACACUGUAUACAACUAAACAUCUUCACACAUGUUGAGCAUAACCUAGAAAAUUGCAUUCGACUUUUAAACUGCGUAUUUAUAUUAAGAUUAAUCAUUUCUUCAUUAAAAACAUAAUAAAUAAUUGUUAAUAAUGGCACAAGGUAAAAUGAAAGUCAAAACAAAGGUGCCAGAGAGUAAUAAGAACAAAAAAGGCAAAGGCAAGGCAGUCACACAGCGAGCAAAUAAACCCAUCACACCCAAGAAGCACAAGUUUGAGGAAGCUCACAAGCUGAAGAAAGCCAUCACAAAGACUGUGAAUAAAGCAGUAGAGAAAGAAAUGAGAGACAGAUCUUCAAGUGGCCAGAAAAACUUCUCAAAAGCUCAGGAAGCUGUAGCUGCACAUCAUAAGAAACUAACACAGGCUGGUGCAAGCACCUCAUCAUAAUAAACUAACAAAAACUUGUAUUUUUGGUAAAUAAGUUUAUUUGUAUAAGUUAAAUGUUAAAAUAAUAACAUGUAAAUAAAAGUCUGAUAAUUUCAAA